AUGGAGAUAGAUGCGUAUGACGUACAAAAUGGCAAUUUCAAUAGUCAAUCGAGCAGAUCAAUCCCAGCCGGCGUCUUUUAUCAAGUCAUUAUCAAGGUGAACUUUCUUUUUUUUUCAAUUUUCGAGCAGUUUUAUGAAGAGUUUUUUGACUUGAUAACCAAAAAUUCAAGUUCAUUUUGAAGAAAAUUGAAUAAAAAUCGGUCAAUAUUCAUAUUUUCCAGGACCCGAUCGCCAAUGCCCAGAGUAUCUUCACGAUCCCGAAGAGAUAUACAAAUCUACAAUUUUUGAAUGCCGGAGCUCAAGGAACCGUCGUGUAAGUCUACACAAAAAAAUCUAUCCAGUCAAAAUUUGAAAAAAACUUUUCAGAAGUCAUGGUUAAAGGAAAAGAGCACGUAAAAUCGAGAGGUACAGAGAAAUCAGACUUGCUGAAGUAUAAAAAAAUUAAUUUUUCUUCAUUUCUAACAAUAAUCUUGAUCUCGAAAGGUACCUCAAGUGAACCGACCCAAAACGACUUGCGCUCGACGACACUCAAAAGCAUGGAGAUCAUUUUUAAAGUCGACUUUUAACCGCAACGCUUUCAUUAAUUCUGAAUACGAUCAAGUUUUGUACAAUUCUCAUUUAUAAUUAUCAUGAUGAUGGCUCGAAAGUUGAGAGAUAGGCUGAGCCUGAAGAGACGCCAGAGAAAUAAAGCGAGUCUAUUUUUCUGAGAGAAGAGGCGCAGAGAAAUCAGACUUUUUCGAGUUUUAAGAAAUUAAGUAUAAGUUAUGAAAGUUCAAAAGCUUGAAAGUUCGGUAUAUAAGAAAAAUCUUUCCAGGAGCGCCAACGAUAUGGUGACGGGCCAAAGAGUGGCGAUCAAGAAAAUGCAACAGCCUUUCGUCAUGACCAUGAGCGCCAAAAGAGCCUACCGAGAGUUCAUCCUUCUCACUACCAUCCGACAUCCUAACGUUGGCUUUGACUCUUUAUUUUUAUUGGGACCUUUUUAGAGGGGAUUUUUUUCUAAAAUUAUAUUGUAUAAAUUUUCCGGCGAUCCCUGGGAGUAGACCAGCCAUAAAAUUGAUUUUAUUUACUAUAAACGUUCAAUUUCGCUUUUUGCGCGUCGUUUUUCAUGCAUCGCGUGCACUGCGUACAACACAUUUUGUUUUCCGCCGUUAUGGUGGGUGUGGCGUCGAUUUGGUGUCGCCGUGUUUUUGGCGUAGCUCGGGCCUUGGUAGCGCAAACCAGACGUUAGUGAACAUUUCUAGUGACCACUUUAGUGUCGUCAGCAAGGGAUUUUCCUUACCGUAGUCCGAAAACAUCCAUUUUUCCCCCUUGAAGCACAUUUUCACUGUGUAUUCGAACUGACAACCAACUUUAAAUUUCGAAAUGGUCGAAAAAAUGAGAAAUUUUGUUUUUUAUCGGCGAAAUGAAAAAAAUGAAAAAAAUGUUCCAUUAUUCUCCGUGGAGCAUAUUUUCACUGUUUCAUUGAUCUUUAAAGCAAUAACAGGGUCCUCGGCAACUUAGACACGCCAGAGGGAUCCCUUGAGGGGAAACUUAGGAGCACUAAAGCUUGCAGAGUAGCCACUUUAGGGACUCCAGUUUUUGAUCGCUUUGAGGUAUACUUUUAAUUGUUAUGAUAUUUAUGAGAUAAACCUCUUAAGGGACCACCCAAAUUUUAUCUCUCUAGGGAUCACUAUUUCAACCUCUCUAAAAGGUUUUCUCGCUGACCCUUCUAGGGACCACCCUGGCGUUCUCAAGAACAAAGCGUGACGUUUCUAGUAACCACUCAAGAGGAUUGAAUUCGCUAAAGUGGUCACUAGAGUUCUCAGAAACGAGUGUUUGUAUUACCGAGGGCCAAAAACUCCAAAAAUGGUGAAAAAGGAGUUGUCAACGGAGCGAAUCUUCACUGCAUCUUUGAGCCAAAAUCCCUUUUUCUUUUCAAGAAUUUGAACAAAAAUUUUUUCAUACUUUUAGUUAUAUUUUCCAGAUCAUCAGACUACUAAACGCCUUCACACCCGACAGAAAUAUCAACGAAUUUGGGGAAGUUUAUCUCGUGAUGGAGUUGAUGAACCACAACUUACACGAAGUCGUUCAUCGGUUACGGUAAGAUACAGUAGUCUGGAAUCAUACUGUAAUUUAAAGGCUCAGAUUGGACCAUAAGACCCUGUCCUUUUUCGCCUACCAAAUGCUCUGCGCCAUAAAGCAUCUUCACAACUCCGGAAUUAUUCACAGGGUUCGUUUUUUUAGAUGUCGCAUUUGGAAUGGCUAAGAAACUUCAAGCUUUUCGUUGCAGGACCUGAAACCAUCAAAUAUCGUCGUCAAUGACCGUUGCGUCCUGAAAGUCCUCGAUUUUGGCUUGGCCAGGAAAAAGAACGUCGACACGGCCAUGAGAAUGUCUGAAUACGUCGUGACGCGAUAUUACCGUGCCCCAGAAGUCAUUUUAGGCCUACCGUAUUCCGAAAAAGGUACCUGAUAACCUGAAAUUUUGAAAAGGACUGAAGUUUCAGUGGACAUCUGGUCAGUUGGCUGUAUACUCGCCGAGAUGGUCAACCAUCAAGUUUUGUUCCCAGGAAAGGAUAGGUAAGGUCGCACUGGGAAGGGCUCUUAGCAGCUCUUUUUAAUGUUUUUCGAUGACACCAAGCGCAAGUCGUUUUUGGUCGGGUGCAUUUCUAACCUCUAGUUUCAUGUGAUAAUUAAUCGCCACAACUUGAGAAAAGUUUCAUUUCUUUGGGCCUUCUCGUUUUUGAAUGCUCUCUUCGUGCUUCUGUGGUCUUGAUGGUUAGGGAAAAAAGAGCGCAGACAGGUUAGACAGCUUCAAGUUGUGGUGAAUGACUGAGCAGACAAUUUAAACGGAGAAUAUGCGUAAAAUGAGCGUCCAGAAAAACAGCUGCGAUAAAAAAUAAUAAAGGAUGAAUGUGCACUCUAUGGAUAAUUUUCGAAUUUUGUCGUUUUCAAGUCCAUUUGUUUGCUUCUAGAGAAAAGUUCUGUAUCACGAUUUGAAGGCUCGAUUUUUGAAAAAAUCUAAUUACUUUGAACGAAUUUUCAUAUUUUUCAGUAAAAAAAUUUUCAGGAUAGACCAGUGGACAAAGAUCAUCAAUAUAAUGGGAACGCCGGACGAGGGUUUCAUUUCUCAACUCGGUCAAAGCGCCGCUUUGUACGUUCGGUCGCUGAGAGAAGCCGUUGCUCGGCCUUUGGAAGAAGUUGUACCCAAUGAGCAUUUCCUCACCGAGACUGAGAACCCCAGGGCCAACUUGACCGGUGAGUUUGAAAAAAAAUGACAAAAAAUAAUGAAAACUUCGAAUUUUUAUCUCACAUUAUCAGUAGAGCAUACAAGACGCCAAAAAUCAGCUCUUUACCUUCAAUUUCCUUUACGAAAAUUCAGGUUUUAUGAAAAAGUUGAUAAUGAAAAAAACUAUGAUAACCCUGAGUUUACGGCUUCAAAAAUGAUAUAUUCAAAAACUUUGAUUUUGAAGCUUCUGUGCUCUAUUGAGAACCUGGAAUGAUUUGAAAUAUUAUUUUUCGGAACAGCAAAGUUUUUGGAGUUUUACUACGACUACUUGGCUUAUUUUUCAAAAGUAUUUUCAAUUUACUUCGAAUAAAGCCAGUCUGGUUUCUCUGCGCUCUCUUUUCCCUCAGAAACUUUCUCUUGAUGACAGAGAGAGAGAGAGAGAAGAGAGCGCAGAAACGUCAGACAGCUCCAAGUCGUGGAAAAUAAGGUAUGAAUAAAAAUUCAAAAUUUCACUACUGAUUUUUCAGCUCACUAUGCCCGUGACCUGAUCGCUCGAAUGUUGAAAAUCAAUCAUCUUGAGCGUUGUUCUGUUGAAGAAGCUCUAAAUCACCCAUACGUAAAGCUCUGGUUCAAGGUACCGUAAUCCUAACAACUUCGCUUCAAAACCAUUUUUAAGGAAGAAGAAGUCAACGCUCCUUCCUCCGAAAAUCGAUACGAUGGAGAGAUUGACUUUGCCGAGAAGACUCUACAAGAAUGGAAAGGUUUGUUGAAAAAUAUUGGUCGCAUUUGGAAUGGCUCGAUGCGUCGCGGUCAAGUUUAUAUAUAUAUAAUAUUAUUUAUUUACAGGCAGGACAAAAUAACAUGUACAGAAAAAGAAAAAAAUUUGGCAUUAAGCCUGAAAUAAAUAAAUAAAAGGCACUUGAGGCCCUCACGAGCCUCUGAGCCAGUAAUAAAAAGAAUAAGAGGUGAGGAUUGCACAAGGGAAAAAGUAAUUAGAAAAAGAAAGCAUUAUAAGUUAUGACACAGUGUAGCAAGUUUAGUUUAUCCACCACUGGUAGGGACCGCAAAGCCACGCCCCUUUUCGCGAUAGAAAAAGUGGCUUUUUUUUGGUUUUCAACUUUCAUUUUGUUGUAGUUGUAAAAUAUGUGGAACUGGCGAAUAAAAUUUGACACACAUGUACAGAAAAAGCUUCCUCUUUCGUUUAAAAAAAUAUUUCACGCUUUUUUUGAUGCGUUCUCGCGGAAUGUCGUACAAAAAAACGUGAAUGGAACUAAAAAAAUUUUUGUCGUUUUUUUGCUUUUUUUCAUGUGUUUUUUUAGGUCGAACGCACUCUUUCUUUUUUUAAAUAAUGAUUUUUGAUUCAAGUAACGGUAAUUUUAAAACAAUAAAAUAAAAAAUUCGUCUUUGCCAAAAAUUUUAGGGAGCGCCGAAAGUCAUAAUUCAAAAUAUCGUUAAUAAGCGAAUAUAAUCGAGUUUUUGUUUUUUCAAAAUUUAGACCAUGGUCUUACUUAAAUUUUUCUCCACAGCACCUGUGCUUGAAAAAAAGUUGUUUAAUACGCAAAAAAAUGCUCUUGAAACUAGAGAAAAAAAUUAGCGGCGUUUAUCACACAGAAAGCGGUCGAACGCAGGUUUUUUUCAAACGAUUAUAUACAUUUAUUAGUAAAAAAAUCUUUCAAUUAAAAAGAAUAAAAUAAAAAAAUUCGUCUUUGCCAAAAAAAUUUACGGGGCCGUUUUAAUGCAGCGAUCGUUAAACGAGGCAAAAAAAGCACUAAAAAAACAGUUUUUUUCGAAGUGAAUUUCCACGAAACGUUUGAGUAAAGAUUUGCGAACAUAUUCUGAUAAAAAUAGCUAAAUUACUUCAAGUUUUUAUUUUUGAAAUAGGCAAUCUGUGCUAUUCAAACGGCUCAAGGGUAUGGGGGAUGGAAGCUCCCCGCGUUGGACCUAACAGCUUGGCGCAACGCGUGCGCUCCGAUUUUACAUUUUGAGGUCGCGAGUUCGAUGCCCGCAAGCGCCAGUUUUUUGUUUUCUGGAAAAUACCGACUUUUUCGGCAAACUAGCUGAUUAGCAUCAUUUCAGCACUCUAUUAUGAUUUGUUACAUCAUAAUAGACCAGUAUCAAAACUUGUUCUAGAAGAAAAAUCGAGAAAAAUGUCAAAAAUGGAAAUACCAAAUUUUCAGUACUAAAAACAUGGUGCGCGGCGCGCCACCUUUUCCGUCAUAACUUUUUUCAUCCUCAAUCUUUUUUGAAAAACUAAACGGUUCUGAGUUUUGAAUCGAAACAGCUAUCGAACCAUACAAAGCUCAAUGCUGAAAAAAUUUUUUUGAAAAUUCGUCUGCGGUCCCUAACCACUGGCUUGAGAAAAUACAGCGAGUUUAAAGCUGAAAUUGCCAAUGAUUUAAGUAUAGCUAUUCCAAACGCGAACAACGAGAAAUUGAAUAUACGGUAUCCACUUUUUUCUUUCGUUUCAGAACUCAUUUACCAAGAAGUGAUGCGCUACCAGGCUACUCACGACAUUUUCAAUGGAGUUUAA